GCGCGCUUUUCGUUUGAACGAGCACCCAAGGUCCAAUUCAUACACUUAGGGAGUAUUUGAGGGAAUCAUCUAGACCCCUCUGACUGUUUAAGAAUGUCCGUGAAAGUUGUGAAAUCGGUCUGAACUUGUGUUCAAACUUAGCCAAGUGACAAUUCGCCCAUUCCUUUUUGGCUUCGCGUUUUCGAGGGUGCGGCCACCGGGUGAUCUGGCAAUCGAGUGAAGGAAGGGAACAUCUGCCGAUCCCCCAUUGCAGAGGCCGUCUUCAGGAAGAUGGCAACCGAUGCGGGGGUCGUUGACAAGUGGAGGAUAGACAGCGCCGCCACGUCGACGUACGAGAUAGGGAACCCGCCCGACCAUCGCGGCCUGGCCUGCAUGCGACGGCACGACGUGCCUAUGAGCCACCAGGCCCGGCAGGUGACCAAGGACGACUUCAUGAGCUUUGAUUUUAUCCUCUGCAUGGACGAGAGCAAUUUAAGUAACUUGAAGCGUAUGGCCGGCCCAGUGAAGAAUCGCCGGGCAAAAAUCGAGCUGCUCGGCGCGUACGACCCGCAGAAGCAGCUGAUCAUCGAAGAUCCCUAUUACGGAAGCGACCAAGACUUUGAAAAGGUGUACGAGCAGUGCCGCCGAUGCUGCGAGGCCUUCCUCCAGUCCAACUCGUAGCGUGGCUUACGCAGUCGGCCCAUUGCGUGGUGGUGGUGGUGGUGGUGGUUAAACCAACGCUCUUCACGUUUGUGUCUGAGCGCAGAGCCAUGCCAUGCCAUGCCAUGCCAUGCCAUGCCAUGCCAUGCCAUGCCAUGCCAUGCCAUGCCAUGCCAUGCCAUGCCAUGCCAUGGCAUGCCUGCCUGCCUGCCUGCCUGCCUGUGUGGAAAUAAAACAAAUUCAACUCGC